UACAACUCGUUAACAUAUCAAGUGGCUUAAACUUUUUUGAUCACGUAGUGUUAAGAAUUAAUCAACAACAUGCGGUGCAUGCACAUUAUUGGUACAAAAAAAGCAAUUGCAAUAAAACCGAUUCAGUUCAGAAAGCUGUUAAGAUAAUCAGUUCUAACCUUUUGCUUCAGUUCAGUCCGUAUAUAAUAUUAAUCCAAAUCAAUGAAUAAUAAAUAACAUGUAUUGUGCCACUCUAGGAAGCGAAAAAACCUGCUGUCUUUUUACGUAUCGAGAAUAACCGGAACCUUUCAACAAUUGCGUGAAAAUCAGAUGAGUACAUCGAAGAAACUCAGUCAUAAUGUACGUAGCUGAUAAUAUUCGAUCCGUUUUGCAAUGGAACGGUUUUCUUUGCAUUCUACCAAUGUACAAGAAUCGAGAAUUUCACAAGCAGACAAUUUUCGCAUAUGCAAUUAGCGUCGUUUUUGUGGCACUGUUUGUUUACUCAAUCAUUUUUAAAUUUCAAGGCAAUCGAAAUAGCGGAGUUUUCAUGGAUUGUAUUUUGAUCACAGGGAUGACAAUAACAAACUCGGCGACUUUAAUUGGUGCAGUGCAUUGGAAUUACGAAUCUAUUAAUGAAAUGUUUAAAUCGUUCAAUAUGGCGGAUAAGUUGUUGCAAAAAGAAGCAAAAUUGUUUGAUGUCGUCAAAAUAUUUCUAUUGUUGAAUUUUUUUCUUAUUUUGUUAAUUGCUUAUCACGUAUAUACAUGGACUUUUGAACAGGAUGUAUUAGAGUAUCGUUAUCGUGUGAUUGAGAUGAUACUUAUGUACUACAGUACGCUCACAGUGUUUACAGAAUAUUUGCUAUUAGCGCAUUUGUUAAAACGGUUCGAAAUAUUUAAUAGCAUACAAGAAAAUCAUGACUUUUUUAAAAUCACCCUGCAAAGUUCUUAUCAACAAACGGAAAUGCUUGCAAGUUUGCAUAACAUACUUUGUGACCUAUGUGAUUACUUUAAUGAUAUUUACGGAUGGCAAGUGUUGAUGUCAAUAUUUAAUAUUGUCUUCAAUAUAUUAAAGAUGAUCGAUUUUAUUCUCAACACAUACGAAGAAUUGACAACUAACCAUUUAGUAUUUGUUAUUAUUAUUACAGUGUUCUAUUGUGCCCAAGGAGUGGUUAUUGCAACAAAAUGCGAGCAAAUAGCCAAUGAAGGCAAGCGAACUGUGACAAUUGCAUAUAAAGCACUACAUCGAUAUUCAAGCAUUCAGAAUUUAAGAGAUAAAUUAUUUAUUCUGGCGCAACAAGCCAGCGCCCGGAGUCCUCAAUUUACAGCUGCUGGUUUCUUCACGGUCGAUUAUUCUAUGCUCUUUACUUUUGUCAAUUUAAUCACUACAUAUGUGAUUGUUAUUAUACAGUUUUCAGCGCCUACGACAACUGCACCAAAAUUUAUCAUUGUCAAUGGAACGGUGACACCAGUUUCAUAAGUAUUUGAUAAAAGAUUUCAAUCAUUAAAAAAUUGUGUGAAUUAAAUUUUCAAUUUUUUUUGUCUUGGUGAGCAGACAACAACAAUCCAUUAAUUGCAGUUUGCGUUGAAUGUGUUUUUAUAUUAAUAAUAAAUAAUGUUUGUAUGAAGCUCUCACAUUUACACCAACUCAUUGUCUGUUUAAAGCAAACUGUCAUGUAAAUACAACGAAUAUGUAUAGUGUAACUAUUAAUAUUUAACGUAUGUUUUUGUCUAUAUUUGAAAAAUAUUGUGGCUAUUUUGUGUCAGUAAGAAGCUUGUCAGCUUUACCAAUCUACUUUAUUCAGAUUUAUUAGAAUGGAUAACCUAUUCUCAAAAGUAGCUCAAAAAAUAGGGAUUGUACCAACUAAUACAUUUUAUCGCACUUAUCCAACUAUUUACAAAUGUGUUGCAAUUUUACACGCCAUAAUAAACUUUUCAGUAAGUUCUUAUCCUGUUGUAUAUUUGAUAGAAAACGAUUGUGCAGGAGAGCGCCCAACAUUAUGCGUAUUUAUCAUGAUAAUUUCGGUAUCAUAUGGAUCGGUUGUGUCGCUGUCAAUUUUAUUAAAAAGUGUGUUCUAUCCGGAAUAUUAUAUUGGAAUGAAGCAACAAUUCAGUGAUAUUGAUACAAUUUUAAAUGACAAUGAUAUUACAAUUGAACAUCGUUAUGGAUACAUUGGAAUUGUAAUAUUUCACAUUUUUUUUGUGGCUUACGUGAUUUUUGUGUAUUUUCUAUUCUUUCAAUCCUAUCCGCUCGUAUAUAAUAUUUUAAGCAACUGGACAAUUUAUAAUAUGGGAAUGGAGAUUAUAAUACCAUUAAAAAUUUUAGAGCAAAUUCGUCUACGUUUGAAAUAUAUGAAUGUAAUGAUAAACAAGUUAAAUACUACGAAACUGAAUACAGGAGC